AUGGCUUCAAAUCAAGCAGGAAACUCCAAGAAGGCGCGAAAGAAGUUUCUGGUCUUUGUUGAUUGUCCCGACCCUGACAACUGGUUUAUGGUUCUCUCCAUCAUUCGGCGCAACCCACGUCGACGUGUUUGUGUCAUUCUCUCGCCUCGGCCUGUCGACCUAACUGUUAAGAACUAUGGUACUCAUUUUCCUGAAGUGUACGAUGCCGUUUCGGAGUACACUAGGCGACCGAACGGAAAGGUCGAUAACGACGAAGUAAUAAGACGCAUGAUGACACCGUUCACAGAAAAGCCGAAAUGGGUUACGGAAAUCAAGCAAAACAUCGCGGAGGAGUGGUUCAGCAAGCCAGACCGACAUUUUGAGGCCAGUGGGAGCUAUUUCAAGUCCAUUGCAAGUACUUAUAUCAAGGUCAUUGCGCACUAUUGGACGACCCUUCUGGAUGGUCUUAACAUCCCUCGAGAUCGCUACCAGUUCUAUACGGACGAGGAUUCAAUGCAGAAGAUAUCACCAGGACUGAGACACCAGGGCCACAGUCCCGAUUAUAUAUGGGUAUUUCGAGAAGAAGAGGAGAAAGUUGAGGAUCUGAAAGAGCGGCUCGACGCAGCCUUGAAGUCGAACGAUGGCGAAGUGCGCGAAAGGCUCAUACUCCAGGUGUGGAACGACUAUAUUCAGGUGAAAGAUGCCAAACGACGAGCUUCAAAUCUGGCCGACAUCGUCCUCCCAUUUGAUCAGCUCAUAGAGGAGGAAAAGGCCCUGCGUGAAGAGAAACGAACUGCAGCCGAGAAAAGUGAGCUGAAGAAAGCUCUCCCACUAUUCUAUGGUCUGCUUCAUAAAAAGGAUACAGGCCCGCGAGUGGCCAUAGGCGGACCCUUCACUGAAGCUCUCAAGUGGGUUGAGAACGAUCUGCCCAUGGAGAGCGCCACAGCUAUGGCUUGCUAUAUUUCCGGCAAUCUCAACAUCUUGACCAAUCAGUUCAACGUUGCUGUCGACAUGUAUCCGGCAUGGACAUUCCUGAAGCUUGUUGAAGAGAAACAAAUACACACCGUCCUGGUGCCGACGGAAGUCAUCAAGGAGAAAGAAUGGCGAAACAACAAACUUGCCAAAGUCUUCGAGAACUAUCCAAGACUCUAUGAACUAGUGCGUGGCUUCACGAGGAGCGGCAAACUGCAGGAUGCCACCAUGUUCGACUGGAACACAGCACUCAUCGAUAGCUGUCCCGAGCUCUUGAAGACCAAGCGUGUACGCCCCGUUCUGAAAAUUCUGCGAGAGGUUGGGACAGAGAAAGAUCCAGAGGAGGUCGAUUUCCAUGGAAGCUUGGAGGCAAGCCCGAAACCCCCAGCCAUAAUGUUGAGGGUUGAAGUAGUGAGAUCCAAGGGGCAACACUACCUGACAAUGUGUUGGACUGAGAAGGGUUUCAAUGGAAGGAUCUUGAAGAAGUACCACGAUAAGAUCCCGAAGAUGAUGAUCGAAGAUCUGACAGUCUGUACACAUGGGUCUAAUGGAGGCUUUCCAGGUCUGGUGCUGAAGUGUCUGGUGAUGUCGGAUGACUAA